AUGCUGUAUUGUCUUAGGAUACAGAAGCUCAUCAUCCUCUCCAUUCUGAUUGGUAUUAGAGAAGCUGAGCCAUCACCAGCCUGUGGCCAACUGGUCCCCUCUGCCCGCAUUGUAGGUGGUGAGGAGGCUGAGGUGGGUGCCUGGCCAUGGCAGGCCAGCUUGCGGAUAUUCGACUCACACCAAUGUGGGGGAACCCUCAUCGCCUCACGCUGGGUACUCACAGCUGCACAUUGCUUUAGCAGUAUUACAGAUCCUUCCUUGUUUGUCGUCGUAUUGGGAGCCCACAAUCUCUCAUACCCUGGAUCUGAAGCUGUGUCAGUUCUUGUGAAGCAAAUCAUCAUCCACUCUGACUUCUUGGGAUACAGGGAUGGCAAUGAUAUUGCGCUUAUGGAACUGGAAGGCCCCGUCAACUUCACCCACCGCAUCCAGCCUGCCUGCAUCCCAGGACCUUCCAUCUCCUUCCUUCCCAGGUUGGGGUGUUGGGUCGCAGGCUGGGGAAACAUCCAGUCGGGAGUCCCACUACCUGAGCCAGAGCUCCUACAGGAAGUGCUGCUUCCACUGAUGGAUACAGCUACCUGUGAGGCCCUUUACAGUGACUACAAAGAUGAAAAAACUCCAAGUACUAGUGUAAUCAAGGAUGACAUGAUGUGUGCAGGAUACUUGGAAGGGAAAAGGGAUGCCUGCCAGGGGGACUCAGGAGGACCACUCAUUUGCCCAUGGGGUGGGGCUUGGCUUGUGGCUGGUGUGGUGAGCUGGGGGGAUAUUUGUGCUGCCCCUAAGCGUCCUGGUGUCUACACCCGGGUCAGCGCCCACAGCAGUUGGAUCUUGAGGCAUGCCCCAGAAGUGACUGUCAAUUUCAUCAAUGGUGCCUCAAGCAGGGGUUGUGCCCAGUUCCUGGUACUAAUAGUGCUACACUGCCUUCGUUAACCACCAAAAGUAUGCAGG